AUGCGCAUCCAUCUCUCCCUCCUCCCCCUCCUCACCCUCCUCACACACACCCAAGCCCUCGGAAACGGCGUCGACAUCCUCGUCGGGCUCUUCCAAAAAAUCGGCGACGAAACCGACCUCAAGACACACAUCAUGAUCCAAAUCCAGCCGACAGGAAAGCGCAUCGAAAUAACCGACCCGCUCUUAAAACAGCUUUUCACCAAGAGCGUCGCGUCCUUCAAAAUCGCCUCGCGGUGCAACGAGAUCCGGGAUGAACGGUGCGACUUUUUUGACGGCGAGACGGUCCUAGGGAAAGAUUUGUCGGUCGAUGAAUCGGUUUUGCCGAAUGGGCUUUAUGGGUCGAAUGCGACGAUUACGGCGAUUAGUUGUACGAUGGGGAUUAUUAAAAAAUAG